UCACCCCGGGACUCCCCCUGGCUCAGCCGUCUCCAUGGUGACAAUCUCCCCGAGAACAGAAGGGCGGGGCCGCAGCCAGUCACGUGACUCUCCGCCCCCUAGCAACCAGCUCAGCGUCCCCGAGAGGAGAAGAUGGCGGAGGAGGAUCCCGGGGCCCUGAACAGCGAGCAGGAGAGCCGGCUGAGGGCCUGGAGGAUCCAGACUCGGAUCGGUAAUGAGAGCUACCUCCGGAGCCACCAGGAAGUGCGCCUCCUGCUGUCUGCGUUCAUACGGGAGGUUCUGCUCCACCGUCCUGAGAACAUCCGGGAGUUCGCGGCAGACUAUUUCACGGACCCGACAUUGCCAGCGACGGUCCGGGAGAAGACGAGCCGGUCCCAGGCAGAGGACGAAUCCCAU